AUGUCGACCACUACAACCCAAGUCAGUACGCUCGACAUCUUGGCCGACUACGACCUGCAUCACAGUGGUUCGGAGGCGACUUCAAACGUUGAGCCGAUUGCCAACCCGAGAGCACCAACACCACAGUCUAUUCACUGGCCUUGUCACUACCGCCGCAUGCCUCCCCAUCGCCCUACCAACCGCAAUCUCGAUCAAGCCGAGAGACCAGCAGGAGUCGACCUUCCCGAGUUCCUCUUCAUUCAGUCGAUGCUCCACGGUGUCUGGCUCAAUGCAUCCGUAUCGCGGCUAUGGAGAUUCACGGGAGGAAGAAUGAAUGACCGGAUAUUUCGCUACGACGUGGGAGGAGAAUGGUAG